UUCACUUGCAGCCUGCUCUGAGGUUUCAGAUUUACAGUCCGACAGGAGCAGGGUAACAAUCACCAUGCCCCCCCCCCACACACACACACAGAGGGCUGCUGCCGGAACAGACAGAAGAACGAGAGAGGGGGAGAUCCACUCGACUGUUUGCAGAGUUGAAAAGACACAUGAAACUUCUCUCAGAAAGGAUCAACAUUCUGAAUGUGGACGACAACUGAAAAACUCGACUUAAAUGAGGAAUAUUAGACGUGGACAGCAGAAGUUCAGAACUUUGGAGACGAUCACAGGUAUUUUGCGGAGUUGCUGUCUCCUUUUCUUCUCGGCAUUUCCUAACAUAAAAACACACGGGACAGUCAUAAUUAUAUUCUAGUUUUUCCUGCUUGUUGCACACAGUUGGAUUAACAAUUAAAACCUGGAUUUUUUUUUGACACUCCGGAACAUGGCUGAGGAGGAAGCCUUCAGUCUGCAGACGUUCCAGACUCACCAGUUAAAGAUGAAUAAUAGCGUGAACUGCAAUAAGAGCGAUGGAUUUAAGUACCCUCUGUACAGCUCGGUUUUCAGCCUGGUUUUUGUAAUUGGACUUUUUCUCAACAUGGUGGCUGUAUAUAUUUUUGGCUGUACAUUGAAGCUGCGAAAUGAGACCACGACAUACAUGAUAAACCUUGUGGUUUCAGACUCUCUCUUUGUUCUCAGCUUGCCUUUUCGGAUCGUUUACUUCAUUAGACGCGAGUGGUUAUUUGGAAGUGUACUCUGCAAGAUCUCGGUGGCCCUAUUUUACACCAACAUGUAUGGCAGCAUCCUCUUCCUCACCUGCAUCAGUGUUGACCGCUUCCUGGCCAUUGUGCACCCAUUCCGGUCACAGGCUAUCCGCACUAAGAGGAAUGCCAAACUGGCCUGCUGUGUGGUAUGGGUGAUGAUUCUUUCUGGGAGUAUACCCACAGGGUUUCUUUUGGAAACCUCUUCAGAAGAAAAUGUCAACUCAUCCUCAAACUUCUGCUUUGAAAACUACUCCAAAAAACAGUGGAAGACUGAGCUGUCGAAGGUGGUGGUGUUAAUUGAGACUGUGGGCUUCGUCAUCCCGUUGAUGCUCAAUGUGUUCUGCUCGGUCAUGGUGCUGCGGACACUAAGGAAACCGCAAACCAUUAGCCGUGGGGGGAGCGUCAACAAAACAAAAAUCCUGAGGAUGAUCUUUGUGCAUCUGUUCAUCUUCUGCUUCUGCUUCAUCCCCUACAAUAUCAAUCUCAUCUUCUACGCCCUGGUGCGCUCCAAUGUCCUGAAGGGAUGCGAUGCAGAACAUGUGGUCAGAGCUAUCAACCCUAUAACUCUGUGCAUAGCAGUGACCAACUGCUGCUUUGACCCAGUCAUUUACUACUUCACUUCUGAGACCAUUCAGAGCUCCAUCAAACGCAAGUCCACAGUGUGGCACAAUGGGGCUCGGCUAUUCGAGAGACUGCAGGGGGACAGCACACAAAGCAGCCCAAUCUCAUCACCAAAAAUCCUGACACUAAGGAGUCUCAGGUCAAAAAUGUCUGUCAGUGAGUCAACAGUCUAAUGAAAAGUCAAUUAUGUGACAUGAUUAUUAAUUCAUGUGAAACUCAAAGCACAAGGGUGGAAACAGAGUGGCCUUAAAGACCAUAACAACACAGACAACUGUUUCUAAGGAGACUCUGGACACCAAGGAGAGUUUUGACUGGGACUCAUGACGCCGAGACAAGUCAGACAUCGGAGUGUGUUGCGGCAUUAAUACCGUUUGGUACUUUCACAAUUCACAAUGCAUUUGUGAGAAAACAAGUUGGAAGAAGAAUGUGCAUGGUGCUUUUGCACAAAAGACAUUGUACUUGUUCUGUAAAUUCUUUGAGCAGAUUUUAAUUUUGGAAAAUUCUUAAGCAAUACUGAACCAGUAUAACUUUUUAUAUGAACUGUGCUGUGGAGUUUUUAAGCAUUUGUGGCCUCAGAAAAGGCUUUUAAGCACUUUAAAUAGCAGCAAGUUAAAGCAUGUAUCCGUUAUACUGAAAGAAAAUAAAAAGUUAUUAAUUUAUGUUUUUGGAGUUUUAAAUUGACUACUUCAGAAAUGUCUGACAUUAGAAAGCUUUCAGUUGUGUGUAUGCCUCAUUGGGUGCUACCAAUCUAUCACUUAUCUGGAUCAAUUAGUCAUACAGGUACGAUCAACACAGCAACACAAACUGUGCUUGGCCAAUUCCAUGACUGCACAAUGACUCAAUAGUUUUCAAAGACAGAUUACAGGUGCGGUCAAUGAUUGAAAGGCAACGCUGCACUAAUGCAGCCUUAUCUGGAUAACUGGGCUUUUCUGUAGAGAAUGUGGGAAGGAUAAAAACUAAUUUAGAAUAAGCAACACAAACUAAUAGUGAAAACACAGCUCACAGUGGUAUAUGUGGAACGGUGGCUUGGUAUAUGGUGUUGCUUGAAUGCAGCUUGUUUCUUCUUGUAAAAGUUGUGCGCUGCAAGACUCAGCACUACUGCAUUCCUGUUGUGUUGCCCCGAGGGUCUGCGCUGUCAUGGGUAGUCUCAUCAUCACUACGCACAAGUGAGAAAGAUUGAGAAACCGAAGCAGACGAGCGACAACAUGCCUCCCGAAAGAGAAGAACGUUUCCAGAAAACAGUACAAAGGUAGUGGAUGCAAUCGUGAGUCAGAACUGGUGACUAGUGCAGAACAUCAUUGAGAUAAAUAAAGGAUUUAGCAAUUUCUUUAAAAGGGAUAGUUCACAGGAGCAGUAUGGAGGCAUGUUAGGUUUUCUUCUCUUGUUUUAUUACGUCUGAACAAGAGGUCGCCUUGGCUGAAACACUGUUUACCCCUGAAACUCCUAAAGUGUUUUAUCGCAUCAGCAUAGUGGGAGUAGAUAAUGAGUGAAUUUUCAUUUUUGGGUGAACUAUCCCUUUAAGUCUUCCUUUGACAUGUUUGACUCCUUACACUACUACACUUCGUGCAAAUUCACUUACCUUUAGAAUGCAAAUGGACCUUCUCCACCCUGAACAAAUAUUUGUACGAGACAAAUGGUUUUGUUUUUAAAAAAAAUGAAUCUGAUUCUGAUUAUUGAUUAAUGACAUUAUUUGUAUAAAGGGUUUAUUGAACAGUAAAAACCAUUUAUUCUCAAUUAUAAUCUUCGUUGAUAAACAUA